ACCAAUAACAAUGGCGAGUGCGAGAUCCUUGUUUGUUUUUCUCGCUCUACUCUCCUUAUUAUUGUUGCACCAUCACCUCACUGUCUCAGCAGAGUCUCCGCCGUCUCCGUCACCGGAAUCGCCAGCUGACUCGCCCGCAAGCUCACCGGUAAAGUCAUCCUCAUCUCCAUCUCCAUCUCCAUCUCCUUCACUUUCUCCUUCUGUUUUGGCUUUUGCUCCUGGCGUUGGCGCUCCAAACUCUGCUCCGGCCAGUUCGCCAGACGCUUCAUCGCCGCCGGAGCCUUAUUCGGAAACUCAGAGUCCUGAUUUUUCGCCGGAGAGCUCUCCAUUUACAUCUCCAUCUCCUUCACCAGCGGAUGGAAGCUCACUAAGCCGCGCCGGUUUGGACCCCGAGGAUGAGACCGCAACUGCAUCCGGAGAAGGAGGAAUGAGCGGCGGCAAGAAGGCCGGGAUAGUGAUCGGAGUUAUCGUUGCCGCCGCCGUGGUUGCACUGGCAGGGAUGGUGUACAAGAAGCGGCAGGAGAAUAUACGGCGCUCUCAGUACGGAUCCGCUGCCAGAGGAGGGCUUCUGUAAUAUACGUAGUAGGUUUAUACGUACAACUACGUUAACAUGUAACACACGUUUGUUUUUGCUAUUAUACCAUAGAUUCAAUAUUUUUCUAGCUGCUAGAUUCAUUAUUCAUUCCAUUAUUAUUGGUUGUGGCGGAUACUAUGUUGAUUCCAUUUGAUUCUUUAUUUUGUUGGUCAUCAUGUGAUGAUUGAAACAUCUUUCUUCCAUUUUUAAGAGUAUCAUCAUCAUUUUGCAGAUCUUCUUAUUUGCUAGCUGUAAUAGUGAUAAUAAAUAAAGGUUGUGGGGAAUUUAUAUUAUUUUACUUCACUUCUGA